AUGACAAUCUCCCAUUGCCUUCAUUGUCUUCUCAUAUAUAUAAUACUUUGUUAUGAUAUAGCAUGCAAACGGAAAAAUGAACUGCGAAUAUCUAAUCAUGGGACAGGUAGCUCUCAUACCGCGACAACCUACAAAGCUACGUAUCAUACCGUGGGGAUUCCCUCUUGGACUCCCCGAUCCCGCUACCGCACUUGUACUCGUAUUGCACCGUUCCUUCACCGCACUGAGAGCUGUGCCGCCUCGAACGGCCGGAAUCAAUAUUUAGGGUCUCAACUACCCAUGUCACUGGGAUUCACUUCAUCCCCCCAUAUUGGGUGUCACGAGCCACCACUAGCCCCACCAUACGAUACAGUACGGUAUGCCCCUCUCGAGUCUUUCGGGAUGUAUCAUGCUAAACCGAACGCAGGUGCUAAGUCGGCCGCCCCCACGGAUGCACCACCACCCCUUCCCCCCGAUUAUGGAAGGGCGCGAAAUAUUUUCCAAUCAAACAACAUCAGGGUAGUACAAAGUAUUAGAUAUGGCCAACACCCCACCUUCUCCGUGAAGUCAGCUCACUUUCUCUAAAUAUAUCAUAAUAUAUCGCCGAUGGGCUCCCCGUUCGAAAUAAGGGUUCAAAUUAUUCAACCUAU